AUGAGGCGCAGGGGGACAGGGCCCAAGAGCGAUACUCACACUAUCUCCUUUAUCGACAUCAACUUCGAGAAUGCGACGUAUUAUUUGAUCAACCUGCGGGGUUUCUUCCGUCACCACACUUCUUGCUAUGCAUUCUACGGAUGGUGGGGUCCACUUGGCCUGCCAACAGUUGCCCACCUUAGCGCCUUUGCCAGCACCACAAGUAACCCUCCGCUCACAAUAGUGGAGCCAAGGAGUGAUCAAAGCGCAGCUAUUGUUCAGCUGUACUCGAAAACAGAAACUUUAUAA